CAUCACACACACAUGCCCCUGUUUUCUCUUCUUCAUCAAAAAAAAAAAAAAUCAUUGUUUACUUUUUGGUAGUCAGUCCAAACUCCGCCUAUAUAAAUGAAUCCCCUUUGCUCGAAUCAACCCAAAGUCACAAAUCAAAUCCCUCUCUAUCCUUUUUGGUUUCUUCAUCGGAAAAAAAACAAAGCCUGUUUCUUUUCAGCUCAGAAAUGGAUGUUUACGAGACUGGUUUCAUAUCUGAAACCCCACAAAGUGAAGAAGAUAUGGACGUAAAGAAAGGUCCAUGGACUGAAGAAGAAGACUUCACGCUUAAAGCUUAUGUUAAUAUCCAUGGCGAAGGUCGCUGGAACUCAGUUGCUCGCUUAUCAGGAUUGAAAAGAACCGGCAAAAGCUGUAGAUUAAGAUGGCUGAACUAUUUGAGACCGGAAGUGAGACGUGGGAACAUUAGUCUCCAAGAACAGCUAUUGAUUCUUCAACUCCAUUCUCGAUGGGGCAACAGAUGGUCUAAAAUUGCACAACAUUUGCCUGGAAGGACAGACAAUGAGAUAAAGAACUAUUGGAGAACCAGAGUCCAAAAACAGGCGAAACAGCUUAAAUGCGACGUUAACAGCAAGCAAUUCAGGGACGCCAUGCGGUACGUUUGGAUCCCUCGUCUGGUCGAACAAAUCUGCGCUUCAUCCGGAUCCCACUCGGCUCAACAAUCCUCCUCCACCACCACUACCUACGCAGAUACGAUCGGUUCGGUCCGAGUUGAUCCGAGUCUCUUGCCCGAGUUAUCAGGCACUUCAUCAGAUUCCCUGGACGCCCAAGUCUCUUCCGUUUCAGACCUGACAAAUUCAAAAUACCCGAAUAGCUUACAAAACGGGUCGGGUUCAGGAAAUACAAUAGCGGGAACAUGGGGUGGGGUUGAAAUUGAGGCGACGGACGGUGGAGAUUCGAUGGAGAGUGUGUGGAACGAAGAGAAUAUUUGGUUCCUAAGACAGCAGCUUUAUGAUGACGAUGAUUUGAAUUAGCUUACGCGACGUAUAAUAUUAAAGUUUUAUAUAUCUUAAAACAUUUUCGCCAUUAAUUUGCUACUUAUAGAUCUAACAGUGAACACCACAAAAUUUGAAGUAAUGUAAAUGAAUCACCCAACAAUAUCUGGUUGAUAGAGAUGUAUAGCAUUACAAUAUGCUUCUAUACCAUUUCAAUUGCUCAAUUUUGUUCUUUCAUUUUCCUUGUUAGAGCAUUCAACCUAAUGGAAAAUGUUGCUUUUUCUUUUAGUAGAAAAGAUGGUAAUAUUCGAAGCAAAAUUAGGACCAUGUCUUUUUGAUACAAUAUUAGGGAUAGAGGAUGGUAAUAAUGCUGUUUGAAUUCAUAUGAAACAGAUAUUUGACAAAAAUUUUAAUCACCGCUCUGAUGUACUUUGAUAUAUGAUUAUUUAUAUUCUUGAAUCAUACAUAAAUUUAAUAAUAA